AUGCGGCUGCCGGCGGGGGUGCGGGAGCGGGUGGCGGCGGUGCACGGCGGCGCGGCGCUGCCCCAGCGCCUGCGGCUGUACGACGGCUGGGCCGCCCGCUACGAGCAGGAUGUGGCGGCGCUGGAGUACCGGGCACCGCACCUGGCCGCCGCUUCGCUCGCCUUCGCCUUCCCCGCGCCGCCCGCCGGGGCGCGGCUGCUCGACGUGGCUUGUGGCACCGGGCUCGUAGCGCGGGAGCUCCACCGCCGCGGCUUCCGCUGCCUGCACGGCGUGGACGGCAGCGCGGGGAUGCUGGAGCAGGCACGGAGCACCGGCCUCUACCGGCAGCUGCGGCGGUGCGUCCUGGGCCGGGAGCCCCUGCCCGCGCCCACAGAGCACUACGACGCCGUGACGGUGGUGGGGGCCCUGGGCGAGGGGCAGGUGCCGAGCGCGGCCAUGCCGGAGCUGCUGCGUGUCACCAAGCCGGGAGGCUUCCUCUGCCUGACGACGAGGAGCAACCCCUCGAACCUGCGGUACAAGGCGGAGCUGGAGGCAGCGCUGGAGAGGCUGGAGAGGCAGGGAGCCUGGCAGAAGGUGCUGGCCCAGGAGGUGGAGCGCUGGGAGAGGGCCACCUCCGAGGAGGAGAGCACCCAGGGCACCGGCUACAUCUCCGGGGUGGUCUACGUCUAUCGGAAAUGCCCCGUCCCCCCCCUCGAGGAGGGCUGAGAGCCGAGGCGGCUCUGGGGAGGGGGGUGGUGAGCACUUGGCCCCUUGUAAAACCCAGCCCAGCGACCCCCUCCCGGAGCAGGGCGGCUGCUGGGGGGUGACAGUGGUUUUGGGGAGCGUCCCCGUUCCCUUCCCUGGCUCCUUCCCCCCAAGCUCUGGGCCCUGGGGACCUUGCCUGCUCCUCAGCAUGGGGAGGGUCUCCCGGUUUCACCGGGGUCUCCUGGGCACCACCAUUAGCUCUGACAUUCAGGUACUGUCCCCGACACCUCGGCCGUCACCGUGACAUCUCGCAGACCCACCUGGCUCUUCAGAGCCAUCUCCUGCCUGGGAUGUGUUCUCCCUGCCAUGCCCACCUCUCAGCCCUCGUGGUCAAAAUCUGGAUCCUUCUUCAUCUUCCCCGCCCCAGACCCCCGUGGUCUUUAGCGAGGGACUGUUGGAGGUGGGUCCCCCAUCCUCGUCCUCCCCAGGAGUUAACCCGGCGCACCCUGAGGUGCAGGAGACCUCCACAUCCAAACCAGGAGCAGCCGUGCCAAGGUGACACCCAGCCGGAGAAGCUUUCCAAGCACCACAUCGGCCUUUCAUCCCACGACAGCUGCUUAAGCCUCUCAUUUUCCUACAGCUUUGUAGUUAAUGGUCUGGGUGGGAAAUGAGGCUGGAAGGGACUUCAGGAGCCGGUGGCCGCUCCCCACCCAGGAGCCACCCGGCAUCGCCUGCCCAGCCUGUUCCCCAAGCCCCUUGCCAUGCUGCCUCCACCCCUCCUCCUCCACAGCUCCCUUGGGAAGUUUUUUACCCAAAUCUCGUGCUGGGAUAUUUCCUUUUCUCUUCCCCCAGACCUGUUCCUGCUCGUCCCGUUCCCGUGGCCCUGGGGAACAGGUUACUUCCUUCCCCUCCGGAGCUCUUCCCCUGGCGGUGGCCUGUGUCUGUCCCCGUCCCCACCCGGGGCAUCCCACAUCUCCCAUGCUCAUCCUCCCUGUGGCUCUUGUCACCCCUCCUCGUUGCCCCCCCCCAGGUCUUGGGGUCCCUGCACCCAUCGUGGGUAGGUGCCCUGCUCCCCUCUCCCCCCGUUUGUCCCCAGCACUGUCCCCUGGGCAGCUGGGGGUCGUGGCUGUUCCCAUCCCUGCACUUGGCUGUUGAAUAAACCCCCUGC